UUUUGUUGCAUGUUUACUUGUAUUUAUUUUGUGAAACUGACAACACCUCAUCCUCACCCGCUCCCACCAGCGGCACCACCAUCACUUGGCAGGCAAACGAGCCGUCUCUACCCGACAUUAUCUCCAGUCAGACUCCGCUGGAAAGGAGGCUGAAAUGACGGAUGCAGCCAUGGACGAGAGACCCGGGGACACUUUAUUUACACCCGAAGAAGCUGUCCAAGUUUAGGGGGAAGCCGGGCGUGCGUUUUCCCCUCUUUACUUUCACCGACCCCCUCCUCCUCCGCUGGCAGAAAUUUAUAAAGAACAAAAAAUCCGACGAGGGAGGGAGGAGGGGGGUUGAUUAUACGCCGAGGCUGAAAUCGAGAGGCGAACCCAGGGAAAGAGGAGUAAUUUCUACACGGGACUUUCCCCCUCUUAAUCCCCCCAAAGGAGGGGGAAAAGUCGCAAUAUUGGAAACGGAAAGGAAUCAGCUUCUGACAGCGUGAAAUCGUUCGCAAUUGUGGAUACUUUAUAUAUUUUUAUUUCGAAAAAAUAUGGCCGAGAACGUUCUGGACUCUGGCCCGCCUUCAGCCAAGAGGCCUAAACUCUCCUCUCCGGCACUUUCUGCUUCUGCCAGCGAUGGAAACGAUUUUGGCUCACUAUUUGACUUGGAGCAUGACCUUCCAGAUGAGCUCAUCAGCGCUAACGAACCAGGCCUUGUCAAUGGGGGAGAUCUCAACCAGUUGCACACCACCCUUGGGGGAGGCCCAGGUGGUCUCGGUCCAGGAGGAGGCAGCGGAGGCCCCGGAGGAGGGAUGGGAUUUGGGCUCGGUCCAGGAGGAGGUGCCGGAGGCAUCGGCGGCGGUCAGGAUGCGGUGGCCAAGCAUAAACAGCUGUCAGAGCUGUUGCGUUCAGGGGGACCUACGUCCACCCCGCAGGGACACCAAGGGGCCUUGGGGAGCACGGGAGGGCCUACCGCUAUUGGACAACACAUGGCAAACAUGAAGGCAUGCCCUGGGCAGGUACCUCAGCAGAUAAUGGGGCAAGGACAACAACACCUCUCCCCCCAGCAGCAGGCGAACAUGAUGCAGCAGAAUGCCGUCGCCGGAAUGAUGGGUGGCAUGAACAGGGCCAUGAUGGCGGCACAGCAGAAAGGAAAUAACGGACAGUCGCAGCCAGGCAUGAUGGGGAACCAGGUGAUGAAUGGUUCUCCCAGGAUGGGCUUUGGAAAUCAAGGGAUGGGUGGCAACGGCAACCUGUUGGCUGAAACGUUGCAGCAACAGGGAGGCGGGGUUCAGGCAAGCAUCAGAGGACAACAACCUGGUGCUUUGAACAAGAUGGCGAUGAUGGGCAACCAGGGGGUGUCAUUUGGCAGUCCAUAUGCAGGGCAGGGGAAUCAAGGCCUCGGGGGUGCAGGACUGGGCCCUCAACAUCAGAAUAAAGGCUCCAUGGCCAACAGCCUGGCUCAGUUCAAUGCGGACAAGAAAAGUCAGCCCAUUCAAGGAAUGGCCACCAUGGGCUCACCGCAGUCUCAGUCGAGUGUAAGCGGGCCCUCGGUUGCGCCUGUGGGAGGGGCACCCGGCAUGGUUCCCGGUGCUCAAGGAGGUCUGGUGGGUCCCGGCACCCAGGUCUCGGCGGCCUCCGCCGCGGCCGGAGCGCCGCCCACCGCUGAUCCCGAGAAGCGCAAACUGAUCCAGCAGCAGCUCGUUCUCCUGCUUCACGCUCACAAAUGUCAGCGACGCGAGCAGGCCAACGGCGAGGUCCGACAGUGCAACCUGCCUCAUUGCCGCACCAUGAAGAACGUCCUCAAUCACAUGACUCAUUGCCAAGCUGGCAAGAAUUGUCAGGUUGCUCACUGUGCAUCGUCAAGGCAAAUCAUCUCCCACUGGAAGAAUUGCACUCGACAUGACUGUCCAGUCUGCCUGCCACUGAAGAAUGCCGGGGACAAGAGGAACCCGCAGUGUGAGUCUCUUCUUGGUGCAGCUGCUGCAGGUCUGAGCAGUUCUCUUGGGUCAGUGCCUGGUAGCCAAGCAAGCGCUCCGAACCUCAAUCCGCCGAGCCAGAUUGACCCGAGUUCGAUAGAAAGAGCCUAUGCAGCACUGGGUCUCACCUACCAGGGAAACCAGAUCCAGGGUCAGCAUUCUCAGCCCAACAUGCCCAACCAAGCCCUCCAAGGACAGCCUGGUAUGAGGCCGAUGAACCCAAUGGGAGCAAGUCCUAUGGGAGUUAAUGGCGGUGUGGGUGCCCCUUCUCAGAAUCAACAAGCCAACUUACUGCAAGACACUAUGAUGCAUCUCAAUGUGAAUAGCCAGGGUUUGUUGAAUGAUGGCAGUGGGGUGGGCUCCAUGCCCACAGCAGGUCCUCCCUCUACCACAGGAAUGAGAAAAAGCUGGCAUGAGGACAUCACGCAGGACCUGCGAAACCACUUGGUACACAAGCUCGUUCAGGCCAUCUUUCCUACUCCAGACCCCGCAGCUUUAAAAGAUCGCCGGAUGGAGAACUUGGUGGCUUAUGCCAGAAAAGUUGAAGGAGACAUGUAUGAGUCAGCCAACAAUAGAGCUGAGUAUUAUCACUUACUCGCUGAGAAGAUCUAUAAAAUCCAAAAAGAGCUGGAAGAGAAGAGGAGGACCCGUCUCCAGAAGCAAGGUCUUGGUCUCGGACCUACCAGCAUGGGUCAAUCUCCUGCUGGACUUCCUCCGAACGGUCCCCUUCCUGACCCAUCUAUGGUACGACCCGCUGGACCGAAUCAAAUGGUCAACAGGAUGCAAAGCCCAGGCAUGAAUCAAUUCAAUCAGAUGGGGAUGCAGUCUAUGGGCCAGAGGUCCACUCCUCCUCUCCCCCCCUUGGGAGCAUCUGGCAAUCAGAUGGGGCUCGUUGGUCCGAGGAUGGGUCAGCCUAACGUCAACCAGCUCCAGAACCAAUAUCUGUCCCAGGGGCAGUUUCCUGGCUCAGGACCUGUGGUCGGAACAACUCCUCCUGGGAUGGCGCAUCCCGGACCCCAGGGAGGCAUGGCACAGACGCAGAUGGGCACUCCUCCCUCUCUCCCAGUUGCGAGUCCUUUAGCACAACCGGCUUCCGCAAGCGGUUCCAGCGGAGUCUCCACGGUGGGGCCCAUGGGUCCUCAGAGUGUCUGUGGCGGAGGCCCCAACGUGACGGUUGGAGCCCCCACCUCCUCGAUGACUCCGAAUGCAAACCAGCAACCCAACUCCAUCCCCCAUUUAGGAGCCAUGCGUGGCAGCUCGCCCUCCCCAGCUCACAGCCGCUCACCGACACCUCACCAGACACCCCCCCGACUCGCCGGCUCCCAGACCCCACAGCCGCACACCCCUAAUGCACCGCAGUUGGCACCACCUCAACCCCCUCAGCAGAACCAGCUUGGUCAGGGUCCUGGCUCCAACAAGCCCCUCCAGCAGCCGCACGUUGGGGCUGGCUCCACGACGCCAUCUCACCCUGGACUUGGCUCAAGCGCAACACCACAUGGCACUCAGCUGCCGCGCACUCCGUUGUCCCAAAAGGGUUCAUUCCAAGCGGACAGUCAGGCUAUGACCCCAGCCUCUGUCAGCAGCCUGGAUAAUUCCUCCCAGCAGGUACAGUCGGACACCACGGCCGCCAUCCCAGAUCAUAAGUCAGAAGUCAAGCAGCAGGACGACGCCGAGGAGAGCGACUCCGGCGGCGGCUCCAAGGGGGGGAAGCUCAGCAAUGUCAAAAUGGAAGAGAGCCCUGUGAAGAUCGAGGUGAAAAAGGAAGAGUGUUCCGCAGAAGGAGGCAAGGUCGUUCCAAUGGAUACUUCGGCCACCCCGCCAAUGUCGGUUGUAAAAACUGAAGACAAGAAACCAGAGGUGAAAAAGGAGUUCAAAGAAGAACAGACGGCCGACACGGCUGUAUCACAGGCACCGGCAAAAAAGAAGAUUUUCAAGCCAGAAGAGCUUCGCCAGGCCCUGAUGCCAACACUGGAGUCCCUCUAUAGGCAGGAACCGGAGUCGCUGCCCUUCAGGAUGCCCGUUGAUCCACAGCUGCUGUGCAUACCCGACUAUUUUGAUAUUGUUAAGAACCCCAUGGAUUUAUCCACGAUCAAACGGAAGCUAGACACGGGUCAGUAUCAGGAUCCCUGGCAGUAUGUGGAUGACAUCUGGUUGAUGUUCAACAAUGCGUGGCUGUACAAUCGCAAAACCUCUCGAGUCUACAAGUGCUGCUCGAAACUGGCGGAGGUCUUUGAGCAGGAGAUUGACCCAGUCAUGCAGAGACUUGGCUACUGUUGUGGACGAAAGCUGGAGUUCUCCCCUCAGACACUGUGCUGCUACGGAAAGCAGCUGUGCACCAUUCCCCGAGACGCUGCUUACUUCAGCUUCCAGAACAGGUACCACUUCUGCGAGAAGUGUUUCAACGAGAUCCAGGGAGAGACCGUGUCCCUGGGUGAUGACCCUACUCAGCCGCAAACAUCCAUCAACAAAGAGCAGUUUGAGAAGAAAAAGAAUGACACACUGGACCCUGAACUGCUUGUUGAAUGUUUGGACUGUGGACGCAAAAUGCACCAGAUUUGUGUCUUGCACAAUGAAACAAUCUGGCCAUCGGGUUUUGUAUGUGAUGGCUGCCUCAAGAAGUCUAAUAAGACAAGGAGGGAGAACAAGUAUUCUGCUAAAAGGUUGCCUCAGACGAAGUUGGGGUGUUUCUUGGAGACGAGGGUGAACGACUUUUUGAAACGUCAGAGUCACCCGGAGGCCGGUGAGGUCUUCAUCCGAAUGGUGCAUGUUUCGGACAAAGUUGUGGAAGUGAAACCCGGAAUGAAGUCCAGAUUUGUGGAUAGCGGAGAGAUGUCGGAGUCUUUCCCGUACAGGACAAAAGCCCUUUUUGCAUUUGAAGACAUUGACGGCGCGGAUGUCUGCUUUUUUGGAAUGCACGUUCAAGAGUACGGCUCAGACUGCCCGCAGCCUAAUCAGAGGCGAGUUUACAUCUCGUACCUGGACAGUGUGCAUUUUUUUCGGCCGCGAAGUCUGCGAACGGCCGUUUACCAUGAAAUUCUCAUUGGCUACUUGGAGUACGCCAAGAAAUUGGGCUACACAACUGGGCACAUCUGGGCCUGUCCGCCCAGUGAAGGGGAUGACUACAUCUUCCACUGCCACCCUGCUGAUCAGAAGAUCCCAAAGCCGAAACGCCUCCAAGAGUGGUAUAAGAAGAUGUUGGAUAAAGCAGUAGCUGAGCGAAUAGUGCACGACUACAAGGAUAUCUUCAAGCAGGCGACAGAGGAUCGUUUGACCAGCGCCAACGAGUUGCCUUACUUUGAAGGUGACUUUUGGCCCAAUGUGCUGGAAGAGAGCAUUAAAGAGCUGGAGCAGGAGGAGGAAGAACGCAAGAGGGAGGAGAACAGCACUUCUAAUGAGAGUAUUGAUGACAAUAAAGGUGACAGUAAAAAUGCCAAGAAGAAGAACAAUAAGAAGACGAGUAAGAACAAGAGCAGCCUGAGCCGAGCCAAUAAGAAGAAGCCGGGGAUGCCCAACGUGUCCAAUGACCUUUCACAGAAGCUCUAUGCCACCAUGGAAAAACACAAAGAGGUAUUCUUUGUGAUCCGUCUGAUCGCGGGCCCAAUGGCCAAUGCGCUGCCCCCCAUCGUCGACCCCGAUCCGCUGAUGGCCUGCGACCUCAUGGACGGCCGCGACGCUUUCCUGACGUUGGCCCGGGACAAACACCUGGAGUUCAGCUCACUCAGGCGGUCUAUGUGGAGCUCCAUGUGCAUGUUGGUGGAGUUGCAUAACCAAAGCCAAGACCGCUUCGUCUACACGUGCAAUCUGUGCAAGCACCACGUGGAGACUCGCUUCCACUGUACCGUAUGUGAGGACUACGACCUUUGCAUCACGUGCUACAACACUAAGGGCCACGAGCACAAAAUGGAGAAGUUAGGCCUCGGUUUGGACGACGAGAGCAGCAACCAGACGGGCGCCACCACUCAGAGCCCGGGAGACUCGCGUCGCCUCAGUAUCCAGCGCUGCAUUCAGUCGCUGGUCCACGCCUGCCAGUGUCGAAACGCCAACUGCUCUCUGCCGUCCUGCCAGAAGAUGAAGCGCGUCGUCCAACACACUAAAGGCUGCAAAAGAAAAACCAACGGCGGCUGCCCCAUCUGCAAGCAGCUUAUCGCCUUGUGUUGCUACCACGCCAAGCACUGUCAGGAGAACAAGUGCCCAGUGCCGUUCUGCCUGAACAUCAAGCACAAGCUCUGUCAGCAGCAGCUGCAGCACAGGCUCCAGCAGGCCCAGAUGCUGAGGAGGCGGAUGGCCAGCAUGCAGAGAGUCGGCAAGCCGGCUCCAGGAGGCGCUCCGGGGGGCAACGGCCUGCCCUCUCCGGGAGCCAACAACGGCGCGACCGGUCCAGGGACGCCCACGUCCGUCGGCACGCAGCCUCCCACCCCGCAAACGCCCACCCCGGGAAAUAUGCUGGCGCUUCCUCAGCAGCCGGGAAUCGGGGCCGCUGCCGCACAGCAACAACAGGUCCAGCAGCAAAGUGGCGCCAUUCCUCCUCAGCAUCAUUUGCACCAUCAGUUUCAGUUGAUGGGCGCGGGAGGUGGAGGGGGGGUAAUGAACUCCCCCCAGCAGCAGAUGGUGCCUCCGCUGCAGCAACAGCAGCCCCCCAGUGUACAGCAACUGCAGCAGCAGCAGCAACACGCCGGCGCUUUGCCGCCAUACAAUCCCAGAGCACCGGGAGCUUCUCCUCUCCACCAGUCACUGGGGAAACCUGGACUCAGUCCCGUCACCCCACCUCAGCAACAACAAACAGCCAACCAGCUUCAAGGAUCCAUGCCCGUUCAAGGUCAGCAGCAAGGACCCCCUUUGGCAGCGGUCGAGACGGCUCUAAAAAUCCAACGGCUCGCGGAGACCCAGAGACAGAUGGCUCAGGCCCAGGCUCAGAUCCGAAGUUUAGGACAAGGGGGGAUGAUGCCCCAACAUCCUCAUCACCAAAACAACCCGGCCCAGAUGGGCAUGCCUCACAUGGGAGCUCAGGGGAUUCCCCCCCAGGCUCAAGGAAUCGUAGGCAGAACUAUGUUAGACCCCCAACAGCAGGGGAUGCUGGCUGGUAUGCAGCAAGGCGGCCCCCAGUCUCAGUUGCCCCCUCAAGUCCAGCAGCACCUCCAGCCCGGAGGCGGCGGGCAACUUCAGCAAGCCAACCAGCAGUGGGGGCCCGGCGGACCGGCGAUGAACCCGCAGCAAAGGUCCGCCAUGAUGGGUCACAUGACGGCCCAGCAGCAGUCGGCGGUCGCCCAGCAACAGCAGCAGCAACUCAACCAGCAACAAACUCAGCCGGGAAACCGCGGGCUGAUGCAGGUGAUGUCGGGAGGUGCGGCGGGGGCAGUGGGGCCGGGAAGCCUGCCGCAAGGCGCGCUACAGGAUCUCCUGAGAACGCUUCGCUCCCCGAGUUCGCCCCUCCAGCAGCAGCAAGUCCUCAACAUCCUCCGCUCCAACCCCACGCUCAUGGCGGCAUUCAUCAGGCAGAGAGCGGCCAGAUAUCAGGGGGGUCAAGGGGGACCUCCGCAAGGCUCUGGAGGCGUGAGAUUCCAAGGGACUGCUGGCGGGCUCCCUGGCGUAGGAGGGCCCGGGCCCAAUCAGUUGGCCGGCAUGGACAGCCAGCAGAUGAAUGUGAACCAAGCGGGUCAACCGGGAAUGAAUAUGGCCCAGGCGGGCGGUGCAGCAGCAAAUGUGCCCACAAUGGCUCAGCUUCAGCAACUUCAUCAGCAACAGCGUCCAAUGUUGCCUGGCAACCUACAACAACAGCAAAUGGCAGCCCUGCAGCAGCAGCAGCAGGGAGCAAUGCAAGCAGGCCAACAAAACAGUAUGUCCGGCAUGACUCCUCAUUUCAGAGAACUGUUGUUAAGGAGGCAGCAACAGCAGCAGCAGCAGCAGCAGCAGCAACAACAACAACAACAGCAACAGCAGAUGAUGAACCACGGACAGUUUCAACAAGGACAACAGGGCUUCAUGCAGCCUGGCCAAGGGCAGCCAGGAAUGCUCCAGUCUUCCCAAUCCCAACCUGGGGGCAGCGUGAGGGCUCCGGGGCAACAGCAGCAAGGAGGUCCACAGGGCGGUCCGGGGCAGCAAGGCUACCCGAGCAACGCAUCUCAAGUGGCCGCCGCUCUCCAGCAAAGGCUGCACCAAAUGCAGAUGCACCAACACCACCACCAACAACAACAACAACAACAGAAUUCCAUGGGAGGGCAUCAAGGGCAAGACGGAGGUCCGGGUAGCGGUGGGUCGGGGGGCAACCCCCUCCAGCCGGGACAAAUCGUACCCGGGCAGCAACAGCCAGGCGGCCCCCCGCUGCCACAGACUUCCCAAGCUCUGAUUCACCAGAACAUCCACCAGAGGCUCCUCCAGCAACAGCACCUGGGUGGGGGCUCCCCAGCGCAACACAGCAGUCCCAUGAGCCCCCAGCAGCAGAUGGCCCAGUCCCCGCACCCUCACCUCCAAGGCCAAGGCGGCCUGGGUCCGGCGGGUGCUCUGGGCAAUCAGGUGAGGUCGCCGCAGCCCUCGCCGCGGCCGCAGUCGCAGCCCCCCCACUCGAGCCCGUCCCCGCGCAUGCAGCCCUCGUCCUCGUCAUCGCAGCCGCAGCCGUCGCCGCACCGCAUUUCCCCGCAGACCCAGAGCAGCUCGCCCCACCCCGCCCACAUUGGCCAACAUCACCCCAAUAUGGCCCCGCCUCAACCGUUGCAGCAACAGCCGCCGCCAGGCGGUCCCGUAGAUCCCGGACAGUUCAGCUCGGACCAGAACUCCAUCAUUUCUCAGCUGAGUGGCAUGGCAGCCAUGCACGCCAACCAAGGGGGACAGUCGGACAUGUUGGCCCCAACUAAUAAUAAUAAUACUAAUAACAACAACAACCAGGAACUGGCAGCGAACAUGAACCACAACAGUUUGGACCUCAUGUAGCACAUUUGUGUGUCUUCAUGACAAACUGACACCACAGGAGAGGGUAGUCCAACUAAGGAUUUUACAAGUUUUCAUUUUUUUAUUUAAAUAUUUUUGUGACGUAUGACAAUGAACUGAAGCUUCCUAUGGGAGAUCCGCCGCAGAAAAUCCUAGAAGUCAAUAAAUGAAUAAAUUAAAAACAAUGGUAAAUUAUUGCUGUUUAAUAUAUAUCUAUUUUUGCCAGCUGUGUACAAAAUGGUGGAAGGGCAACAUUUCAGGUUGAAGAUAUUUCUUCCGUAGUCUAUUCCACAAUAUUUUUGGGGACACUUUUUUUUUGCGCCUUUUUAAUGAAUAUCUUUAAGAUUUUAAAUGUGGCGAAAAAUUUAAGUGAGUUGACGAGCUAUACUUUCUCCCCCACUCCCCCCCCCUGAAAGAAUAGUUUUCCUCCUCAAAUACCCAGUCAUGAUUGUAUCUAUUUUGGAGAGGGAUGACAACGACAGUUUAUUUUGUUUCUGUAUUUCUACUUUGUUGUUGUUUUUUUGUCAGCGGAUCGUAAAACAAGCCUCAACAUGUUUUGCAUUGCAGCUCUUCCAUCGUUUUUACAUCCUACCACAGUGACAUGUUUAGGGAGGGGGUUUAAUAGUUUUACGAUUGUACAUCUGAAACCCUGCCCCCACCCCCAAAGAGCUGAUGAGGCCAACUUUUGUUUAGCGUUUGGGUUGUAAUUGAUUUAAAAUUGGUGUACAUACAGUAUAUUUUCCAUCCUGGCCUCUGAGCUGAGAUUAAUUUGUAUAUUUUUUUUCCUGUAUUUUCAUUUGGAUGCUGCCGAGGUUUGCGAAACGCUUGUCGGCUUCUCCAGCUCCCUCCUCACUAAUUGCUCCCAGCCACAAAGUUUAAAUUCAUUGUUGGUACUGUACAAAGUUGAGAAAUGGUGGAUUUAGAUACUGUAUUUUGUCAUGCAAAUGAAAGAUGGAAAAAAAACUGUAUAUAGUUCAAAACAUUUACCCUCACGCCCUUAGAUUGGUUAUUUUGUGUGGAUAAAAACAACACACAGGUCCUCCCGAGCUGCUGUACAGUAUUGAGAUUUGUCUUUCCUUCAAGACUUGGAAUAAGGUGUUAGGCGGCCACAUGCACCAAUGCGCCUUUUUUUUUCUCGCCCCUUGUGUAUCGUUUGAAGUGAAGCAGACAAACGUUUAGUCACACAUGAACAAUCCCACAAACUGGAUGUGAAAACCGCCAUGUCAAUGCGACGCCAGCCGCGGCAGGGGGGGUUCGGUUUCUCGUCGUGUGACCUAAAAGAUUUCAAAAGUGGUUAUUUAGCUUUUUACAAAGACACAACAGUCACGUGAUCACUAUUUUUCAUUCGGGGGGUUUGGGAACCAGGUGGCAAUAUAUCUUGAGACUUAUUUUAUAAGAAAAAGGAAGAAAAAAAUCAAGGAAAAACUCUUUUAUAUAUAGAUAUAUUAUUUAAUUUUUAUUUUUUUGGAAAUAAAACUUGAAGAUACAAGAAUUAGAUAAUUUUGUUUUGUAUUGAAUAUAUGGUGAUGCAAAACGACACUGCAGACAGUCCUUCAUUUUGCCCUGGGAGUGUAUUAUACCAUCCUCUUUGAAGAAAUGUUUCAUGUACAUGAAUAUAGAUGUAAACAUAGUCACUGUAAAAACCCAUGGCAACUGAACAAAAAUGUUUUGUUAAUAGCAUUUCCACCCCCCUCCCCCCCAAAAAAGAAAAAAGAAGUGACUGGAAGUAAGACUAUUUAAAUAUUAGUUAAGUAUUCAAAUGGAAUCUUUGACCACUUUUUUUCGUUCUCUUGUUAUAAAAUUUCGGUGCUUGCUGAGAGAAAGCAAAAAUAACGUGCUCCAUUUUCAUCUUUUUUUUUAAGUUAUUUUGGUGGUCUGACUGUUUUUUUUUGCCAAUAAAUUAAUUGUACAAUAAAGUAUCUUUGUACUGUUUGGUA